AAAAUCGAAGGCAAGUUUUAUAGAUAAGAACUUCCCGUAUAAAACCCAAACCCCUCCAAAUUCUCCCACCAAAUCCCCAGAAAGGAAAGAAGAAGAAGGAGAAGAAGAAAAGGCGGCGGCGACGGCGACGACGGCGACGACGACGACGACCACCUCCGUUCCCGACGACGACCCGUUGAUUCUUCUCAUGUACUGCCCGACCGCGCUGACGCAGGCGACCCGGCCUCCUCCUCCUCCGGGGGCGGUGGCGGCGGCGGAGUGGAGCCGCUACGAGGACAAGCUCUUCGAGUACGCGCUGGUGGCGGUGGCGGAGGACUCGCCCGACCGUUGGCAGCUGAUCGGGGACCGCCUGAACAGGCCCGCGUCGCAGGUGUUCGAGCACUACCAGAGGCUGGUGGCGGACAUCGACGCGAUCGAGUCCGGGCGGGUCGAGCCGCCGAGCUACCGCGACGAGCCCCCGGGGAGCGGCGGCCAGAUUGCGUUCGAGGCGAAGCCGCCCCCCCGGUUCAAGGACGCGGAGAAGAAGAAGGGAAACCCGUGGACCGAGGAGGAGCACAGGUUGUUUUUGCUCGGACUGCAGACAUAUGGCAAGGGUGACUGGAGGAGCAUCUCGAGGCACUUUGUCCACACUAGAACACCGACUCAGGUGGCUAGCCACGCUCAAAAGUUCUAUAUGCGGCAAAUGAGUUUGGGGAAGAAAGAGAGGAAGAGAACUAGCAUUCACGACAUCACCACGGUCGAUACCCCCCCAGUCCAGUCAUCUGUUAAUGAGAGUUUCAACCCUCCUCAAGCGGGCAAUGCCCAAGAUGAUCCGAGUUAUGAUUUUCCACAAGGCAGCAACUUUCAGCAGAUGCAACCUUUUCAACCAGCACCUUUCAUGAAUCGUUUGCCUGAUCAAGGGGGAGGGUCGAUAGGAUACGAUAACUUCAGCUAUUUCUUGUGAAGUGCCAGGAUUGAAGUUUUGUAUAUAGAUUAUAAAGCCAGUAUAAAGUAGGAAUUCAUUAUAGAUUUUAGUGGAAAAGGGGUAUAUGUACUUUAGGUUCUCACUCUUUUCUUUAUUUCAGUUCAUGUUGAAUCAUGUUCUGAAUCACUCUUUGAAAUACAGUAAAUUUUAGUGGGAAUCAAAUCUAUUCGGUAACUUACGUAA